GCACAUUGUACUUCCGGCAAAUUUCGAAAAAAUAAAAAAAUCCCCAAAAUUUAAUAUUUCGCUAACUAUAUCAAAAAUACUAUAGCAAUAGCCCCAUAUUUUGGCCAAGAUGUCGACAAGUGGUGGAAAAAGUAGGGAAAUUUACUUUCAAAUGAAAGCGAAGACCGUAGCAACGAUUGUUCUAUCUCUUCCGGUUUUUGGAUUUAUCACUUGUGUUUGGAUGUCGAUAAAGUACAACUUCGAGGCAUCUACAGCUACACAUUGUGGGGUACCAAACUUUUUACCAUCAACCAGUUCUGCAAUAGGAGGAUUCACACCACAGCGUUAUAUCUGGCGAAUAUGUAUAGGUCUACAUUGUGCACCCAGGUUCAUGGUCGCUGUUAUAUAUUACAAUUUCCACAUGGCACAGUCAGGGAAUAAGGGUGGCACAUAUGGCAUUGCUGUUCUCGUUAAUUGUGCCCUGAAUGUCCUGGAGAAUAUCUGCCUCAUAUGUCUAUCAAUGGUAUCAUCUACAGAGAAUUAUUCCUUCCAUGAAAAAAGCUUCAUCGGGUUUCUUAUAUGCUCAAUGGUGUAUAUGCUGCUGACUCUAUAUAUCUACAAAUGGGGAAGGCAGGGUCGCUCUAUGACAUCACAGGAAAAGAGAUCAUUCCGAACUAAACUAGGACUGUUUCUAUUCAGCUUACUAAGUCUGCUAUUUGCUUGCUACUUUUUCUGGCGACACAACAAAUUCUGCGAGUCUGGAGUCUAUACACUAUUUGCAAUGUGCGAAUAUACAAUCAUUUUGGCCAACAUUGCAUUCCAUGGGACAGGCAUCAUGGACUUCAAAGGAACUCUAUUAUAUGACAAUACUUUAAAUUCACAAGAUUCUGUCAAAUUGGACUAAGAAAUAGGAUAUGUGACAAUAAAUAAUUUUUAGAAGUACAGUAUUAGGAAAUAGCAAGCAGGCAAAAAAUGGAUACACUCUAAACUAAUGAUAUGAGGCAUCAAGUUAAAAUUAAGAUAUUAAAGUAUCUCACUUUAUAAAGUAUCUCAUUUUAAUGUUAUUGCCUUUAGUUGCCUGAUACCUUGCCAAAUUACAUUAAAUUGAUCAUGAACAGCUAUUGCUAUGAAGUGCUAUAAUUGUAUAAGUCUAUAGUCUAUAUAUACGGGCCACUUAACAGCCAGUACCAGGGAAGGCAUCCACGCAAACUAUAUAUCAAAUUAAAGCUUAUUUAAUUCUGGAUAAAUGUUGAAAGUUUUAAAUUUCUACUCGUAAUGUUGUCAAUAAUCUGGCACGAUGAUUAAGAGUCUGUAUGCCCACCUUGGGCAGCUUUGGAAGCAGAAAGUCGGCUUGGGAAUGAUAACAGCAGAUUUUGGAAUAUGUCAGUUUAUUGUCCCCAUUGACAAAAUAUUUUGAACUAUGAGGCUUGUAUUGGUUGUGGAUGGUGGAUGGGGUCACAGCGCAAAUUGACACCCAGUGUAUUGUAUAGUAUGUCCCAUUUUCCUCCAAGUAAUUUAAUUUUAUGAAGUCAGAAUUUCUUUAUUUAUAAAAUGUACAUAAUUUAAUUGUCAUUGAUUAUGUAAUACAAAUUUUUGUGGAUCAUUUGUAAUUGAACUGGCAGUCUAAAUUCAGAGUCAUUUAGACAUUUAUAAAGCAUGACUCAUACUUCUCCAAACUAAAAUGCAAUGUCUAAAUUGAACACUUACAUUGUACUAAAUGUUUUUAACAAUGCACUGCAGUCCAUACAAGAAGUACGAUAUGCAAAAUAUACCUUACGAUUGUAUACUUUAUGGUAUUUGUACCAUUAAUUGAGCAAAAAAUGAGCCUUUGACACUGACUGUA